CGUCCCGGUACGGUCCUCAGGUGCGCUGGAGCCGCCAGGCCUGGCAGAGGGAAGGAGAGGCGGCCUUGCUGGCAGUGUUGAAGCUGCUAAGAGAUGGCAGAAGAAGUGGUGGUUGUAGCCAAAUUUGAUUAUGUGGCUCAGCAAGAACAAGAGCUGGACAUCAAGAAGAAUGAAAGAUUAUGGCUUUUGGAUGAUUCAAAGUCCUGGUGGCGAGUUCGAAAUUCCAUGAAUAAAACGGGCUUUGUGCCUUCUAACUACGUGGAAAGGAAAAACAGUGCUCGGAAAGCAUCUAUUGUAAAAAACCUCAAGGAUACAUUAGGAAUUGGAAAAGUGAAGAGAAAACAUAGCGUGCCAGACUCCGCAUCUCCUGCUGAUGACAGCUUUGUUGACCCAGGGGAGCGUCUCUAUGACCUCAACAUGCCUGCUUAUGUGAAAUUUAAUUACAUGGCCGAGAGAGAAGAUGAGCUGUCUUUGAUAAAAGGCACGAAGGUGAUCGUCAUGGAGAAAUGCAGCGAUGGGUGGUGGCGAGGAAGCUACAAUGGACAGGUUGGAUGGUUCCCUUCAAACUAUGUAACUGAAGAAGGUGACAGUCCUUUGGGUGACCAUGUGGGUUCCCUUUCAGAAAAAUUAGCAGCUGUCGUCAAUAACUUAAAUACUGGGCAAGUGUUGCACGUUGUACAGGCUCUUUACCCAUUCAGCUCGUCCAAUGAUGAAGAACUCAAUUUUGAAAAGGGGGAUGUCAUGGAUGUUAUUGAAAAGCCAGAAAAUGACCCUGAGUGGUGGAAGUGCAGGAAGAUCAAUGGAAUGAUUGGCUUGGUGCCAAAAAACUAUGUUACCAUUAUGCAGAAUAAUCCAUUAACCUCGGGUUUGGAACCAUCACCUCCACAGUGUGACUACAUUAGGCCGUCUCUCACCGGAAAGUUUGCUGGCAAUCCAUGGUAUUAUGGUAAAGUGACCAGGCAUCAAGCUGAGUUAGCACUGAAUGAAAGAGGGCAUGAAGGGGAUUUCCUCAUUCGUGAUAGUGAAUCUUCGCCAAAUGAUUUCUCAGUGUCCCUGAAAGCACAAGGGAAAAACAAGCACUUUAAAGUCCAACUGAAAGAGACUGUCUACUGCAUUGGGCAGCGUAAAUUCAGCACCAUGGAAGAACUUGUAGAACAUUACAAAAAGGCACCAAUUUUUACAAGUGAACAAGGAGAAAAAUUAUAUCUUGUCAAACAUUUAUCAUGAUAACUCCUGACCAGAAGUGACUGCUGCACAGCGUUAAUUUGUCAUGUAAUUAAAGACUGAGAAAAUACUGGUCCAGCCAUGUUUGAUUGGAUGUUACUGUUUCUAACUGUAUGAGAAAUGACUAUACUACAUGCAUAUUUUUAUUAUAACUCAGCAUAUACAUGUAUGCUAUGUAUGCAGAGUAUCUGAUAAAGCAAUUGUUUAUUCUUAGUCUGUUUAUUGUUUUCUCCACUGUUCUUUUUUCUCCUUCUAAUAUUAGGGUUUUUAUAUUUUUUAAGAAGCCAAUGCCAAUUAGAGAACUUUACAUAAAAAGAAUAUCUUUCAUGUUUUUCAUUUAUUUCCUUGCUAGCGCACCCUAAUGAUAAAACCAUGGUUUUCCUUCAGAUAAAUAAAUUCUUAUAUUGAUAUAUGGCAUAUGCUAAAAUAAAAGUCUUGGAGAGUUCAUCUUUUCUGUGACUGAAUAGCAAUAAUAAAUGGAAAGAAAUUAUUUUAAA